CGUUCGAUCCCUCGUACUUUUCCGGGAUUUCGCGUGUUUGGAAGAGGAAAAGUGUUAAUUCAAAGAUGGCCAAUUGUGAAAAGCAGAAUGGCUUCCCAGAGCUGAAAAAUGAUCUGAUUUUACGAGCUGCACGUGGUGAAGCGACAAAACGUGCACCCAUAUGGGUCAUGCGGCAAGCGGGUCGCUAUCUGCCAGAAUUCCUGAAAUUAAAAGCAGAAAACAAUGCUGAAUUUUUCAAGAUGGUACAGACUCCAGAGCUGGCUUGUGAACUAACUCUUCAGCCUAUAAGAAGAUUUCCUUUGGAUGCUGCCAUUAUAUUUUCAGAUAUUCUUGUGAUUCCUCAGGCCCUUGGGAUGACAGUUGAAAUGAUACCUGGCAAGGGUCCAGUAUUUCCUGAACCUCUGAGGGAACCAAGCGAUAUUGAGAAACUCAUCCAAGAAGUUGAUUUAGAAAAGACUCUUGGAUAUGUUUUCCAAGCUAUAACUUUAACAAGGCACAAACUUGAAGGGAAAGUUCCUCUCCUUGGUUUUACUGGAGCUCCAUGGACUCUAAUGUGUUACAUGAUUGAAGGAGAGAGCAGCAAAACAUUCAACAAAGCUAGAAAAUUCCUACACCAACAUUUGAAAGUUUCUAGUAAGCUGUUACAAAAGAUGACUGAUUUAAUUGUAGAUUACUUGGUUCUACAAGUUCGUGCUGGAGCACAGAUGCUACAAGUGUUUGAGUCUCAUGCAGAGGUUAUUGGUUAUGAUACAUUUAUGCUGUGUUCGUUGCCGUACCUUAAACAAAUAGCAGAAAAAGUCAAAGAAAAGUUAGGACCUGAUGCAGUGCCAAUGACAAUUUUUGCCAAGGGUGCACACUAUGCCAUUAAAGACCUCUCUCAAAUUGGAUAUGAUGUUAUCAGUCUGGACUGGACAAUGUCAGCUAAAGAUGCAAGGAUUGUUGCACCAACAGUGACACUUCAAGGGAAUCUUGAUCCAGCUUGUCUGUACAGCAGCCAUGAGGACAUAGUGCAUGCCGUGAAAUACAUGCUAAGGACGUUUGGUACCCAACGAUACAUUGCCAAUCUGGGACAUGGAAUGCUUCCAGAUCAUGAGCCAGAAAAACUUGCUACAUUCAUAGAUACUGUUCAUAAUUACUCAGAGACACUCAAUGAAAGAAAAAUGUCAUGUUCUUAAUGUAUGAGAAUUUGUUACUUAUAAAUAGUUGAAAAAUAACAUCUUCAGCUAAGUUGGCUGCUUUAGUACACUGAUAGGAGACCUUGGAACAUCAAAUUAGAGUAACAACUUAUUCAAAUAAUUUUUUCUUCCUACAUAACAGAAAAUUUUUGAGGA